AUGUCUCGGCUCUUCUCCACGUCGGCCCGCAAUCUUGUAAAAUGGCUGGGUUAUUCCAAGGACAAUCUCCCUGACCCCUUCAUGCGAGCUGCUGAGGUAUAUUCAGAGAACGGCGCCAAGAAGAAAGUCGGUGAGAUUGAGUCGAUUGAGAUUCUGUAG